ACAAUUACUUCCUUACGAACCUACGCAUGCGCAGUCGAGUUUUGUAUGUCGGACCGAAGACAAUAUACUUCUGUUCCAUUUUACGUGUUUGAGUUUCUGAUUAUUGGUUGCGUUGGUGUGCAAACAGCACGAUGAACAACGAGGAGCCUCUUGCUCAACGGCCAUCCACCUUGGACAUUUCAGCAGAGGAUGUACCUGAGGGAGCUUCAGCUACUUCGGAGCCAAUCUCGAGCCAGAAGCACACCGACGUAUUGUCCUACGAAGAUAGCAUUGACUUGGGAAGGGAUUUUGCCACUCCUCAAGAGGAAAGUAACGAGACACCCUCAGAUAGCCUGUUGGAUAAACUUAAUGACCAAAUGAUGGAGAGCGUCAUGAUUUCUGAUUCACCAAAUAACAGUGAGGAGGAUGACGUAGUCCCUACUGACUCAAUGCUGGAUGGAGUGGAGGAGGAUAAAGCUAGGGUGACCUCAGAAGACAAAGAUGAACAAAGUGAAAGUGGGCAGAAUACAACUAAGAUUGCAGCUUCAGUGGAGGAAGAGGAGCUUGUAGAAGAGGGUAAAAAAGUGCAGACAGACGCACAAGAGCAAAUCACAUCAACACAGAGUACAUCAGGUAUUAAAACUGAGGAUCCAGCAGUGCAGGUAACUAAAGGCACUAGCCCAAAAGAUCAGCCUGUUCCAGUGUGCACCAUAUUCAGUCAGAGCAUCCAGCCGAAGACUCUGGUGCCUGAUGGGUUCCAGCCCACGCUCAUCAAGUCCCCCAGCUUUAGCAUGGCGACCAGUGGGGCAAGUGGGGAUGCAGUAACCCCCAGCAAAAUGUUGGUUCCUCUUGUAUGCCAGCCCAGUCCCAGCCUCAGUAAAUUCUUUACUGAUAAUGGACAGACCAAUCCAGCAUCUGAUUUCUUUGAUUCGUUUACGGCCCCGUCCUCUUUUAUCUCCAUCUCCAACCCCAAUGCAGAAAUUCCGCAAAGUUCUAACACCACUUCUAGUUCUGCACCCACAGCACCUGCCCCGGAGUGCCAGCUUUCUUCCACGUUCUCUUCUAUCUCAACCCCCGGUGGGCCUUUGGACUCUGGUACUCUCAACCCUAGCUCAGUCUUUGCUAGUGCCCCUGUCUUUGCCCUUACUGAGUCAACCACAAAGCAUCAACCUCCUCUACCCCAAACAGUUCCCACUUCAACCCAAGCCCCAAAAGCUCAGCCACAGCUCUUCAACCAGCUCCAGGCUGUGUUCUCAGGCAUCGACGACUCAUUUGCAACAGCACUGAGCCUCAGUGAGGUGGACAGGUGCCACGAUGCCUGGUUGCCUUUUGAGGAAACUAGAAAAGUACUGAUCUCUGUGGCCACCCAGCAGUAUGGCCCAGCCUAUUUGGAGACCUCCAGACUUACUAUGCCUGGACUCAAGUUUGACAACCUGCAGGGUGAUGCUGUAAAAGACCUGAUGAUUCGUCUCCUGGGAGAACAAGCAGCCAUGAAGCGUCAGGUUCUCACCGCCAACUCAGUGGAGCCAUCUUUUACAGGCCUCAAACAGCUAAUCAGCAGUAAGAACUGGCGUGCUGCGGUAGAUCUAACGGGCCGGUUGCUCACAGCUCAUGGCCAGGGAUAUGGAAAGGCCGGUCAACCAACGUCCCACACGACCGACUCACUGCAGCUCUGGUUUUUACGUCUCGCCCUGCUUACCAAGCUGAAUCUCUUCCAAAAUGCUGAGAUAGAGUUUGAACCCUUCGGCAACCUGGAUCAGCCAGACCUGUACUAUGAGUACUACCCUACAGUUUACCCUGGAAGGAGAGGUUCUAUGGUGCCAUUCUCCAUGCGGCUGCUGCAUGCUGAGCUUCCUCAGUACCUGGCCAAGCCCCAGGAGGCUCUGGACCGUCUGCACAACCUCAGAACUGGCUGCCUUGCUAUUCUGGAGAAUUUAGAGAAAGGCUUGGCUGAGGAUGGCAGCAUGAUCACUCUAACACAGGAGAACAGACAAGCAUCACUUGAGCUUUGGAGGUCCCGUCUGAGUCGGGUCAUGUACUCCAUGGCAAACUGUCUGCUGCUGAUGAAGGACUACAUUCUGGCUGUGGAGACCUAUCACUCCAUCAUAAAGUAUAAACCCCAGCAGAGAGUUCAGUUGCUCAGUGGGAUAGGACGCAUCUUCUUGCAGAUUGGAGACAUUAAAACAGCAGAGAGGUACUUCCAGGAAGUGGAAAGAGCCUGCCAGAUGGAAGAAAGUCAGCCCUGUCACACCGUAUGCCUUCUGAUGAACAGGGCUUUUGUCCACCUCAGUCAGAACAACUAUGCUGAAGCACAUGCGUCUUUCAUUGAUGUCUUAAAAAUUGACCCAAAAAACCCUGUUGCCAACAAUAAUGCAGCCGUCUGUCUGUUGUAUCUUGGUCAUUUGAAGGAGUCCCUGGGACAGCUAGAGGGUCUUGUGCAGAAGGACCCUGCGCUGUACCUCCACGAGAGUGUGCUCUUUAACCUGACCACUAUGUAUGAGCUGGAAUCAUCCCGCAGCACCCAGAAAAAGCAGGCACUGCUAGAGGCCGUGGCUUGCUGGGAGGGGGACAGCUUCAAUACACAGUGUCUCAAAUUGGUCUGAGAGAGGAGGAGAGGUUGGACCAGGAAUGGAGACAUUGUAUUGUCCUUCAUUGUGACAGCAAAGAGUGUGUAACUCCUGUGAGUGGUGACAUAAAAGUAGAUGUUUCAUGCUUGUUUGGGUUUUCCUAAAACAAUCAAUCAGAGCCUUCAGAGCGGAGAAAAUUUAUAGACAAGUUCAUAGGUUUCAAGCAGAACAACCAGCAAUGAUUUGUUGAAUCUUCUAGUUUAAAGUUGUAACAAGUUGCAGUUUGACACGGUUACGUCCAGAGGCUGCUGGGCAAGAAGCAGAAACUGUGUGCACCUAGAUGAAAAAUGUAAGACCUCCUAAAUAAGGGGCCAUUAAAAAUGGUCAAAUUGAAAAAAUAGGUUGUUUCUAGCAAGCUAACCUGCCUCUGUGCUAGAGUCUCUGAUCUUGUUCAUUCACAAUUUGUUAAAUAAACCUUUACAAAAGAUUAAAA